CAAAUGAUCUUUUGUGCUGGAAUUCCGACAUUUUUCAAUGUUUACUCGCUCUUUAUCAUAUUCCCAUCAGUGGACACUCUUUAAUUUAGCCUACGCCUAAAUCACUCGUAAAAAGAGUAAGAUGUAUACAGGAGAAACAGCAGGAUUCCACUAGGACUGAUUACAACCCUGAGCACGAGACAGCCGUCUGCUCUGCUGCAGCGUCUGCGCACACGCGGAACAGGGAGCGGUCAUUUGAGUAUUUACAGUAUAGAAAGAAGUUCCAUUCUCGCCGGAAUAAAAGACAAUCAUACAGACAAACUGCUGGUUCCACUACAGUGAUGUCUUCUGUGUGGUGGGAGCAGUUGCUGGAAACAAAUGGUACCUCAAUGGACAACAGCAGCUGCUACAGCUCCAAACAGAGCACCGUUCUCACGGGAAUCGGCUUUGGAGGAGUGCCAGUUGUGCUACUGCUCGAUUUCUCGGUCUUUCUGGUGUUGCUGAUUGUCUUCUCUAUUAUCAGGAGGAUGUUCUGGGACUACGGGCGUCUGGCAUUAGUUGCAGAUAACGAAGGGUUCACCAAGUCAACACGCCGUCGCUAUGGACGCAUGUCAUCCUUAGUGUCCAGCAUGGAUGACCUUGAGUAUGAAUUGGGGUGCUGCUCUUGGCUGCCCUACAUCCUCAGAAUGGAUAAGGAAAAAAUAAAAGCCAGAUGUGGCAUGGAUGCUGUUCACUACCUGUCCUUCCAGCGUCAUCUGAUCGUCCUGCUGUUGGUUAUAACUGUCACCUCCCUUGCAGUCAUACUGCCAGUCAACAUGACAGGAGACCUGCUUGAUAAUAAUCCACAGAGUUUUGGAAGGACCACUGUUGGGAAUCUUUCAACAAAAAACGACCUGUUAUGGCUGCAUACAGUGUUUGCAGUUUUGUACCUGAUCUUGACAGUUGUUCUUCUGCGCCAUCACACAUCACAAAUGAAAGACAUGCGCAGAGAGACGACCAGAAACACUUUGUUUGUGUGUUCAGUCCCUAAAACAGCCACAGAGGAAGAUUUAAAGACCCAUUUCACAGAGGCGUACCCUUCUUGUGAAGUGUGUGCUGUGACCCUGGGCUAUGACGUGGCAAAGCUCAUGCACCUUGAUAAGGAAAGGAUGCGAGCAGGAAAAAACCUGCGCUACUAUGAGCAUGCCCUAGAGAAAACCGGGACACGUCAGUUGAUUAACCCUCGUUUGUGUGCUCACCUCUGUUGCUGCUCCCACUCUGAGGUUGAUGCCAUAGAGUACUACAGUACUAAAGAAAAAGACCUGCUGGAAGAGGUGAGGAAGCAGACAGAACUUGUGCCACAGCGCCCCCUGGGGAUGGCCUUCGUCACCUUGCAGACCGAGGCUAUGGCCAAGUACAUUCUGAGAGACUUCAAUGCACUCGAGUGUGGUGGCAAAAGCUGCUGUUGUGGGAGGCUGCCCCAACCUUCAUCCAACAGUGGAACUCUGAAAGUAAACAAGUGGAGCGUCAGCUAUGCACCCCAUCCCAGAAAUGUGUAUUGGGAAAAUCUCUCAGUGCGGGGCUUUCACUGGUUCAUGCGCUAUGUUACGCUCAACUUCUUCCUUUUCGUGCUGCUCACCUUCCUCACGACUCCCACCAUCAUUAUCAACACCAUGGAUAAGUGGAACGUGACUAUGCCCAUCUACUAUCUCAAUAGUCCUAUCAUCAGUCAGUUCUUCCCCACUCUCCUGCUGUGGUCCUUUUCUGCGUUGCUGCCUACCAUAGUUUACUAUUCUACAAUAGGAGAGGCACACUGGAGCAGGUCCAGUGAGCAGCUGAGCAUGAUGCGUAAGCUGUACUUCUUCCUGCUCUUCAUGGUGCUAAUCCUCCCCUCGCUAGGACUCACCAGUCUUGCCUUUUUUUUCCGCUGGCUGUUUGAUGAACAUUUUCUCGCAGAUGGGAAACUGAGGUUUGAGUGUGUGUUCUUACCUGAUCAAGGGGCCUUUUUUGUCAACUAUGUGAUCACAGCAGCCCUGGUGGGCUCUGGGAUGGAGUUGCUGCGGUUGCCAGGAUUACUGCUUUACAUCAUCCGUAUGGUGUUUGCUCGCUCUGCUGCUGAAAGGAAAUAUGUCAAAGAGAACCAGGCCUAUGAGUUUGAAUAUGGAGCCAUGUAUGGCUGGUGCCUAUGUGUCUUCACUGUAAUUAUGGCUUACAGCAUCAUAUGUCCUAUUAUUGUUCCUUUCGGUCUCCUGUACAUGAUGCUCAAGCACCUGGUGGACAAACACAACCUGUACUUUGCCUACCUGCCUGCUCGCCUAGACCGCCAGGUCCACCUGGGAGCUGUCAAUCAAGCUCUGGCCGCGCCCAUCAUCUGCCUAAUAUGGCUUUACUUCUUUUCUGUCCUCAGAGCAGGUUUCUGGAAACCUACAUCUCUAUUCACACUGGUGGUCCUGUGGAUCACCGUCGCCAUCUGUGUCAGCUACACCUGCUUUGGCCAUUUCAAGUACCUCAGUCCACACAACUAUGCGGUGAAAGAGGAGGAUGAGGAUAGAGUAGAGGGAGUGGAAGAAAACACCAAGGUCUACCUUCCCAGAGUGCUUAAUUCCAAAUCACCUGCCGUAGCACAACAGGGCUCUAAACAUCAGCAGUCUUACGGCUCUACAGAGGCCAGCCCAGUCCACAGCUCCAGCCCGGUGACAGACCGCAUGUCAGAUGGCUGAUUCAGCGUAUCUCAACACUGAGUCAGGAUGCCCACAACUCCUGAUCGGAAAUCUGCUUCCUUCACAAUUAUUUCUAUCCUGGCUCAUAUACCAGGCUCACGAAACUCAGAUCAAACUGCCAAACUGGAGAAAAGAUUCUGUGACAUUAUUGCCUAUUUCCCGCUUAAAAUGUUUUUAGAAAAGACAUUUUACUGUAAUGUUUAGCUGUAAUUUGAGAAAGUUUGUGACCGGGCCGCCAUUUUUUUACCUGCUUGAAAACGGACCAAGCACCGCCCCAACUUUCAUGUGUCACUCAGCGCUAUGUCUCACGUUUGGUUGCUCUGAUUGGUUGUAGGUCUAUCCAAUUUCAGGUUGGUUUCAUACUAAUGCACAUUUGUGAAUUAGUCUAGCUAAGAAGAAAGGAGAGAACAAUCUCCAGAUGGUACUACAGAAGAAUGUGCAAAAGAUUACAAAGACCUGCACUGUGCUGCCCAACAUAAGUCCCACUUUCUUACCUUAAUUUAAAUUGCCUUCUACAGGAAAGAAGGUAAAUAUGAAUGUGCUGAGAAAUCUGAAUUAGUUACAUAUGUAUAGGUGUAUUUUCUGUAUGAGACCUCUCAAUCACCAAUGUAUGUUUAGCCAAAACCUGCCAUUUCAAACAAGCCAUUAUGUUUGUGAAAAAAACAACUUUAUAAUUCAUUCAUUGCACAUGUUGAAACUGAUUAUGCAAGUUUUACCAGAACAAGACAAUCAAGCCAAGUCAGCAACACUGAUGCCAAAGACGUGGACAAGCAGAACUUCCUGUUUGUUACUUGUUGUCUAGAUUUUGUUCCAGUUUAGAUUUCUUCACAGUGCCUUUUUUGAUGCCAGAUGACAACACCUGCCAAGGGAAUAACGUAUUGCCUUAUGUUCAUGAUGCACUUUCUGUAUCAAGAGAGGCCUGUUUGGUGUUACUAACACAAGAAGUUAAUGUUGGCUUUUGUAAUAUGACAAGAGAACACACAUGUAUUUCAGUAUUGCAGGAGAUUUGCACCUACAACUUUUUAUUUAAAUCACAUAUGGCAAUGGUUAGAGCUAUUAUUUUUUUCUUUUGGUUUCAAAUAAGACAAUCAUGUUGUUCCAUUAAUGAAGGAAUGUUUUAAAAAGGUCAAUGUUUUUUGUAUUUAAGUUACUUUGAAGUUAUGUUUUUGCAGCUUUUUAAAAUGUGCAUUUUAACAAGGAGCUAAAUCCUAAAGGCAAAUGUGUAACUUUAAUAAGAGUGUUGAAGUUUAGCAGAUAAAAUGUCUUCAGAUUGCAUAUGUUAAGAGAAACGCAGACUUUGUAGCUUUGUAUUUGGCGAUUUAAAUGUAAAUACAGUAUGAAACAAUCUUACAUGCUGUUUUUAAAUACAAACGGGAACAACUUUACGGUUA